AUCCCUCCUCCCCCGCCACAACAACACACACCGCUCUCUGUAAUGGAAGUUGUAUUUGAAGGACAUACACUUGCCGAGAUGCAGGGAAGCUGCUCGAUAAAACAACAAUGGGGAACUCUUAACCAACAUAUUUGAAUAUUAUUCAUUUAACGAAAGGGUUAUUGUACGUUACGACACCAAUCUUAGCCCUGCUAGCUAACAGUCGUCAAACUGGAGCGUGCUGAAGACAGUAAGGACAAUUCGUCCCCGAUACACUGAUUGUGGGGGUCUGCAAAGGACAGAAAAAAUGAAGUUCGCUCAGUUUUUACUGAAAAAUGGCGCUGGUAUACCGAAACAAGUCGAGAGGUUUGCUAAGUUCUCCCCUUCUCCCUUAUCUAUGAAGCAAUUCAUUGACUUUGGCUCUGCCAAUGCAUGUGAGAAGACAUCGUUUGUGUUCCUGCGGCAGGAGCUUCCUGUCAGACUGGCCAACAUCAUGAAGGAAAUUGAUUUCCUCCCUGACAAGCUCCUUAGCACUCCUUCCCUGAAGCUCCUCAUCAGCUGGUAUUCACAGAGUUUGCUGGAGAUUGUAGACUUUUUAGAAAAGGAUCCAGAUGAUAAGGAUGUCCUGACAAACUUCACACAGACUCUGGUAAAUGUCCGUAAUCGGCACAACAACGUGGUGCCCACCAUGGCUCAGGGUGUGGUGGAGUUCAAGGAGGCUUUUGGCGUGGACCCCGUCACCAACCAGAACGUCCAGUACUUCCUGGAUCGCUUCUACAUGAGCCGCAUUUCCACACGCAUGCUCAUGAACCAGCACACAUUAAUCUUUCAAGGCAGUGUGAACCCAGCCCAUCCCAAACAUAUUGGCAGCAUUGACCCCAGCUGUGAUGUUGUGGAAGUAGUAAAAGAUGCUUAUGAUACUUCAAAGAUGUUGUGUGAGCAGUACUACCUGACCUCUCCUGACAUGGAGAUCACAGAAGUCAAUUCCAAAAGCCCCGGCCAGCCUCUCCACAUUGUCUAUGUGCCAUCCCAUCUCUACCAUAUGCUGUUUGAGCUUUUCAAGAACGCCAUGAGAGCUACAGUAGAGACCCAUGAGAUGGCCCCAACGUUACCCCCGAUCAAAGUGCGAGUGUCACUGGGAACUGAGGAUCUCACUAUCAAGAUGUCUGACAGAGGAGGAGGAGUCCCUCUGAGGAAGAUUGAGCGCCUGUUCAGCUACAUGUACUCCACAGCUCCAAGUCCAGUCCACAUAGACAACUCUCGCAACGCACCACUGGCUGGUUUUGGCUAUGGCCUGCCCAUCUCCCGUCUGUAUGCCAAGUACUUCCAGGGAGACCUGCAGCUCUACUCUAUGGAGGGCUACGGAACCUCAGCUGUCAUUUACUUGAAGGCCUUGUCCUCAGAGUCAGUGGAGAGACUUCCUGUUUUCAACAAGUCAGCCUUACGACAUUACCAGACGAGCAUAGAGGCUGACGACUGGUGCAUGCCCAGCAAGGAUCCAAAGAAUCUGGGCAGUUCCAAGAGGACUCUGUAAUGGUGGACUGAGGGAGAAAGCGGAGGAAACUCUAGAAUAGUGUCACUAAAAUUAUAAAAGAAUAAAAAAUAAAAAAAGGGUCCAUGUUGGAAGAAAUGGAUAAACUUGUACUGUAAGUGGGAGAAGGAACCAAAUGCUUUCAGCAUGCCGCUGGACCUGUACGUGGAAUGAGGAUUUCCUUCUCACAACUCUUACAUGGAGGAAAAAUGCUCAUUGUUGGUGUCAAUAACCUGAUAUAAGCACCAAAAUAACUGAGCUGAACUAUUAGUACCAGCUGCCAGGCAAUUAAGCAAAUUCAUUUCAUUAUACUAUACGGUGAUUGCAAGCUGCUAAUUGCAAUGGAACAAGUCAAGUAUUAAUGCCCUUUACCUCACUCAUUACCUUAAUAAUAACAUGGUUACACCUGUUUUGGUUAUUUGGGGGGGGGGGGUUUAAAUUAAAAAUAUAUAAUUUCACAAUCUAGCAAGGCUAAAAAGGCUAGCAAAUGGUAUUUGGUUAUUUCAAUUGCUGGGUAAAGUUGUCAUUUUGUAAUAGGUUCAAUGUGUAUCAUUGCCUUGG